AUGCUUGUGACGCUUCUAUUUUCACUCCGCUCCGUGUAGCCGGUCAGUAACCAAUGGCUAGCGGUGGCGGCAACCAGCAAUCAUCAGCCGCCUACAAACCGUAUCGUUACCUAAAAACGCUAAUUGCACACGAACGCGCUGUCUCCUGUGUCAAAUUUUCGAACGACGGUACGCUCUUAGCCUCCGCCUCCCUCGACAAAACCCUAAUUAUUUGGUCCGCGUCGACCCUCUCCCUUCUCAACCGCCUCGUUGGCCACUCGGACGGUGUUUCCGACCUUGCCUGGUCAUCUGACUCCCACUACAUCUGCUCCGCCUCCGACGACCGCUCCCUCCGCAUCUGGGAUGCACGCGCCCCCUUCGAUUGCCUCAAGAUCCUGAAGGGUCAUUCAGACUUCGUCUUCUGCGUCAACUUCAAUCCACAGUCGAAUCUCAUCGUUUCAGGUUCUUUUGAUGAAACGAUUCGAAUUUGGGAAGUGAAAACAGGGAAGUGCUUGAGGGUUAUUAGGGCCCACUCCAUGCCGGUGACAUCGGUGCACUUUAACCGUGACGGUUCGCUGAUCGUAUCGGGUAGCCACGACGGAUCGUGCAAGAUUUGGGAUGCCAAAGAAGGGACUUGCUUAAAAACUCUAAUCGAUGAUAAAAUUCCCGCAGUCUCGUUUACCAAAUUCUCCCCCAAUGGGAAAUUCAUUCUUGUUGCCACCCUCGACAGCACUCUCAAGCUAUGGAAUUACUCAACUGGGAAGUUUUUGAAAAUAUAUCAAGGUCAUACAAAUAGAGCUUAUUGUAUAACAUCGACAUUCUCUGUUACAAGUGGGAAGUACAUUGUUAGUGGAUCAGAGGAUAAAUGUGUUUAUUUAUGGGAUCUGCAAUCCAAAGCUAUGCUACAGAAACUUGAAGGUCAUUCUGAUACUGUUAUUUCUGUGACCUGUCAUCCUUCUGAGAAUAAAAUUGCAUCUGCUGGCCUUGAGGGUGAUAGAACAAUCAGGAUUUGGAUUCAAGAUGCUUGACUUUGUUAUAAAUUGACCUGUUUGUAGCAGCAUCCAACAGAAUAAAAAAUUUGCCUUGGCAUUGGAGUUCAAAAGUUUUCCUUUACAUGCUUCUUGUCCUCUCGUGAAGUUAUGACUUAACAUGUAAAUAUACCAGUUUUAAUGAGAUAUUCAGUUUUCACUUGGAGAGCAUUUAACAUUUCAAAUGGAUAUACACAUUGAGGUUAUAUGUGCACAGGCAAAAAAAAGGAGGAAAAUCCUAUGGUUUCCUGGUUACUUCAUUUCUGGUUGCAGUUCUUUGAUUUCUUGUGUUACCACAUCGUUGCUGGCUUUGAUAGUUGUAGGCUAUAUGAGUUGAGCAUUCGGGUGUGAAGAUAUUCUUAUUGUCAGCUUCUUGUUCAUGUUCCAUUGUUGGUUUUCCCUUCACUAAGGCACAUGGAGCUGGCAAACUCUAUUCCUAACUUUGAAAAUAUGAACGCCUAAUUGCUUU